UAAAAUCCGAGAACAGAAAAAUUUGUUAAACAACUUUCUUGGCAUCCAAACGCUCACUUUCGCUCAAAAAUGGCAAUGAUUACUAACUUGUUCGGCAAUCGACGACGCAACAGCCUUUUCGACCCAUUUUCGAUGGAUUUAUGGGAUCCAUUCAAGGAAUUCAAUUCCGGAACGCUCAUAUCAUUCCCUCAACUUUCCCGAGAAAAUUCCGCUUUCGUCAACACCCGUGUGGACUGGAAGGAGACUUCGAACGCACACGUGUUCAAGGCGGACCUUCCGGGGCUGAAGAAAGAGGAAGUGAAGGUGGAGAUUGAAGACGAUAGGGUGCUUCAAAUCAGUGGGGAGAGGCACGUGGAGAAGGAAGACAAGAAUGACAUGUGGCAUCGAGUGGAGAGGAGUAACGGGAAUUUCUCUAGAAGGUUUGAGAAGUUAUGCUGUGCGGCGUUUAAAAAACGGCGUGAUCAGUUAAAUAAGUUAUCAGUUAAAAUUUAGAUCGAUUAUGUUAUAUCAUUUAACUAGAAAUAUU